UCACCCUAGCUACCCUAAUCGAGCUCUCACCGUGGCUACCCCUGGAAGAGCUCCUCCCAUUCCCUUCGCCCUUCGCCUUCCAAACCACUUCCAUACCUUAAUCGUGUCACAAUCUUCUUCAUCUUCUUAAUCUUCAUCUUCGUCUUCGUACUCUUCCUCUCUUUCUCGUUCUUCGUCCGUUCUUUCUGGAUCUCUCUGUUCACCUUCGAAUUCCACAAAUUAAAUUUCGAGCUCCACCAAACAUGGGCGAUGGCAAGGUCAAUCUCCCCGACAUUCUCUUCUCCUCCAAGCCCUCCGAUUCCAAAGGAACUAUCCUCUGUUAAUGGCUACAUGGAAGGUUGCCCCUACUCUGACAACUGGUUGUGCUGCGAUAUUGAAGCCUUCCAAAUUGGCAUCUGUGACAUGUUUGGAGUUGGCUGACAUAUGCAAAGAAGUGGGCCUUCCUCCGGGUUCUAAGAUGAAGCGCAUUGGAAUUGAUACUGAAGCACUCAAAGAGCACUUUGGGAAGAAAAUUAUGGAGCUUGAGGAGGAAAAAAGAAAAGUGCAGAAAUCUCAAGAUGUUCAUGGCCAAAAAUUGAAAGCACUGGAAGCACAGAUUUUAGACCUCAAGAAGAAACAAGAAAACCAGGUGCAGCUACUAAAGCAAAAGGAGAAGAGCGAAGAAACUGCAAAAAAAUUGCAAGCUGAAAUACAGUACAUCAAGGCUCAAAAGGUCCAAUUGCAGCAUAAAAUGAAGCAAGAGGCAGAACAACUUCGACAAUGGAAGGCUUCUCGAGAAAAGGAGUUACUUCAGCUGAAAAGAUUUGCUUGAAGAGAACUGCAAAUAGCUACAGACAACUUUAGUGAGAGAAAUGUUUUAGGACAGGGAGGCUAAC